AUGUGCGAGAGAGUCAGUAAUUCUCUUAUUAAACUUAGAUUUGCUUCUGAUAUAUCGUAUUUAAUUAUACCUUUCUGUUUUCCUGUUAAAAUUUAUCUGACAGGAAUUCAAACCGAGUAUCUGACAUUUAUGUUUUACGAAGACGGGAUUCAUGGGCGUAUAGAAGAUCCAAUAAAAGAAAUAAUAAUGUCAUCUCAAGGGUAUUGCCGGUAUCGGGUUGAUAGCAAAUCCCUGAACAAUGAAUCGAGACUUUUUGACAAGUCUUUUUCUUUUAAGCAGAUCUAUCUAAUCAAAUCCUUGUCACUGAGAAUAAAAUACGGUCUACCUUCAAGCCAAAGACAUUCAGGUUACAGCGAUAAGUCCAUUAAGUGA